GCAAAAUGUUUGCUAAUCAUUUCUCUCUCUCUCAAGCUUCAGUCAGAAUGUCGGCAGGAAAAGCUUUCAUUGGGAAACCAGCCCCAGACUUCAAAGCCACAGCAGUAAUGCCAGAUGGCCAAUUCAAAGACAUUAAACUCUCUGACUACAAAGGGAAAUACGUUGUAUUCUUCUUCUAUCCACUUGACUUCACCUUUGUCUGCCCAACUGAAAUUAUUUCAUUCAGUGACCGUUCUGAUGAAUUUAAGAAGAUAAAUUGUGAAGUGAUUGGUGCUUCUGUUGAUUCUCACUUUUGCCAUCUAGCCUGGAUCAACACUCCCAAAAAACAAGGUGGACUAGGCCCUAUGCACAUUCCCCUGGUUUCUGACACAAACCGUGUAAUUGCUAAGGACUAUGGUGUAUUAAAAGAAGAUGAAGGCAUUUCUUACAGGGGCCUCUUUAUUAUUGAUGAUAAGGGGCUCUUGCGCCAGAUCACAAUCAAUGAUCUGCCUGUUGGUCGCUCAGUUGAUGAAACACUCAGGCUAGUUCAGGCUUUUCAGUUCACAGACAAACAUGGAGAAGUGUGCCCAGCUGGUUGGAAACCUGGAAGUGACACUAUCAAGCCAGAUGUCAAGCAGAGUAAAGAGUAUUUCUCCAAGCAGAAAUAAAUGUUGUAUGUCAUGUUUUGUACAAGAAACUUAUUCUAUAACAUGUGACAGAGCAAUCUUUGCCAUUCCUUAUUUAAAGAGUAGCCAUGUUGUGAACAAAUUGGUUUACUGCUUCAUUUCAUAAGUCUUUUAUUAUAGAUCAUCUGGGUCUGAAUGUGGAUUAUAGAUUGACAUUUAUAUUUUGACUAAUUAUCCAGCCUAUUAACCUCAGCCAAAGUAGAGAAUUUCCUCCUUGUGCUCCUGCAGGUAGCUGACAACGGCUAGCAUAUUAGUGACUGGUACAUGUGGAACAAAUGGCUUUUCUUGUAUUUUGUACUGUUAUUAAACUUUUAUGAAAAAAACUGGAAAA